CAUUCGCAAUGUCUUCUUUAUUACGUUAGGAAAGUCAAAUAAAUACAACUAAAAGCAGUUUAAAGUUUCGAGGGAAUAAACAAACAUUAUUCUCAAUUAGAUUGUUGCUCAAGUGAAUCUAAUGACCCAGUCUUCGGCGACAAUACUAGCAGUAGGAUUUACUAAUCCCUGUUAGCUGUAUUCACUUGGCGAGAACUGAAAGAUAAUGAAGUACAAUUCUACAAACCCAGUCGGUUCGGUAGAAGUAGAGAGAAAAAAAAACGUGUUUGUAUAUGUAUAACGGAUGUGUAUAUAUGCGUGUGUACAGCUUAUGAGCUUUCUUCGCUAAAUGUAUCGCUCCAUUUUAUUGGCUCGACGUUCUUUAUGUUGAUGUCGACUGCAUGUUCAGACAUAGGAUCUGGUUUGAGUGGAAUUAUGGAAGUGGAGCUACUGUCACCGCCACCACCACCACCAUCAUCAUCACAAUUAUUAUAAAUACUAUUAUUUAUAUUUUUAUCAUUCAUUCGUCAACCAAAUUAGAUUUUUAUUAUUUUUUUUUCUCUAGUCUGACAUCAGCCACAUAAAAUUCUCAGUUGCUAUAGAGCAAUAAUGUAAAAUACUCGUUAUCACCAUUAUACAACUUUAUAAUAGUUAGAAGAAAGUUUCUGGACGUUUAAAAUCUUCAUAAAUUUCAAUUUUUUUCAAACUUUAUUAGUAUUAAUUAUUAAGUUACCAUUUUAUUUUACUUUAUUUUACUUUUUGUUUUUCUCCUUCGGAAUUUGUAAUGUCAGGAAACUGAACCCAAAACAAAAAAAGCUCGAGAUAGCAACAACAACAAAGCGUUUUACAGCUGAACCAAACACAACACUGUUGCCAUUGAACAAACAUAUCAGCUGGAGAGCCAUGGCGUGUUUGAUGGAAGCAAAAAAUUCCAACCAAUUUCCAUUCUACCGAAAUCUUGAGCAUCGCCGAACUAGUGCUGAUAUAAUUCGAGAUGCAAAAAAGACUAUACGGUCUUUAUCUACAAAGAGGCCUUUUACACCUCGAGAUGAGAAACGAACUUUGUUUGGUGAGAUGAGCAAUCGCAGCCGGGAAGCUCGACCUGCUAGUACCUACAGUAUCGGCUCCCGUCAUUUUGAAGGCUGGGAAUCUCGGCCAGUCUCUGGAACCAGACUCUCUCCCAUCAACAAUAUCUUUGUUGUUAAUGAAGGUGAACAUAUCAACCAAGAUGGUUCUAAACAACAUCUUGUAAAUACUGACAAAAUCAAUGAAGAAACUUCUGAAGAGUCCAGUUUCUUUGACCAGAAUAUCAAUCCAUUACUAGAUAAUUUAUUUUACCACAAAGAAAAAAAAGCUGCGGACCAAAUAUGCUCCACAGCUGAAAGUUUAUAUAAUUUACUGGAGAAGGAAAAUUUGUUUGGCAGAAACUACAAACAACGUUCAACCAUCUUAAAAGCUGUGUUUAAGUUAUUGGAUUUUGAUAGUGCAGAUGUGUUGCUUUCUAUGGCAGAAAUUAUAUUAGCCUUUCGAGUGACAGGCAAGAAUCUCCUUAGCACCUGUAAAUUGGUUUUCAAAGUCAGCCGCAAUGAACAGAAUGACCCCUUAUUUUUGAAAGGACACAUCCUCGCUCAGCUGCUGCAGGUGGUUCCUAUAUCAGAUCCAGUGUCCUGUUCUGAAGCUCUGACAUAUUGUGUUGGAACUCUUAAGCUUCUGUCUGGUAACAGCAGCAUUAUGAAAGAACUUGUGCACAGAGAAUGUAUAGAGUUACUUACUUCUUUGUUGCAGUCUAUCAACCUGACUGUAAGUAUGGAUCCAUCUGUACCCAGUGCCAAUAAAGAACAACUUGGACAUUUACUAAUACAGUUAACUGCUUGUCUACGGAAUUUAGUAGAUGCUAGCAGCAGCCGACAGCGACUUCUCGCUUGUGAGCUUAUUCCAGCUUUGAGUACAGCUAUGGAGCUUAAUUUGGAUGACGGUGACCUAAUCCUUAAUAUAUCCAGAAUAUACAGUAAGAUCAGUCUUCAUACAGAUUGUUGUACCGUGCUUGCUGCCCAGAGACAACAUUAUCCAGUAGCUUUGCGAGCUUUAAACAAACACAUAAUGAGACAGGAUGUUGUUGUAAGAAUCUGCUUUGCUCUCGGCAACUUGACUGCAAAAGAUGAUACAGCUCGUGUUCAAUUAUUUGAAGAAAAAAACUCUUUGGCAACAAUAUUGAAUGUUCUUAAAUAUUAUUUGGAUAAAUUUUCUACAUCAGAUAAAACUAACCAGUCUCAUAAAGCAAAUAGCCAAAAUUUUCAAAUGGAAGAAAGUGUUGAUAUACUUAUCAAGACUGUUCGAUUGAUUGCAAAUUUAUCAAUUGGUGAGACCAUUGGCCCUAUUAUUGCUGCUGAACAUGAUUGUGUCAUACAACUUCUUCGUAUUCUAGAUUUAUUCUCAAUUGACAAAGAAGAUCUACUUGUUACUACUGUUGCUACCAUCAACAAUCUUUCUUAUUACCACAGCAAGACCAGUGGUAUAUUGGCCAAACAAUUAGACAUUGCUAAAUAUUUGGUGAAAUUAUUACUGCCAGACCACAUGGAAACUUUGAUUGAAGUAUCGCGAGUGUUUGGAAACUUAACUCACCAAAAGAUUGUAAGAGACUUUUUGGCAGAACAAAAAGUGCAAGAGACCUUCAUAGAAUUAUUAGAUUCUGACAAUCGAGAAGUUGUUUAUAUUUCUUGUGGAGUCCUCGUGAAUUUCAUGGCUGAUAAAGAAAAGCGACCUGUACUGAUGCAAGGAGGAGGCAUUGAAAAGUUAAUAGAAGUUCUGAGAGAUUUUGGUCCUAACGACUGGCAGCUGGCUGGAAUUGUGUGCCAAGUUUUACUGAACUACAGCCACAAUAUUGGCCCAGAACACCUCUAUUUUGGUUACCAAACAACAGAGCAACUUGUUGAGCUUCUCACGGAAUUUUUAGAUGAAGCUAACGUUCACGGCUACAUUACAGCCAAACCUGAACACACGGAACAAAGCUCAGAGACAACAUAUGAAGUUCAGAGUCUUAUUAUGGAAAAAUGGGAAAACGAAUUUUGUCCAGUUGCUGAAACUUUAUUGCAGAGACUUAAAUACCACCAAUCUGUCUUAGAACCUCUUGAAGUAACAAAGGAUCACUUUCCCAGUUCUAUUAAAAGCACUAGAUCAUAGAUCCACUUACAUUAACUUUCAUAUUUAAUCAUGAUGAUACUGAAGAAAAAAAAAAAUAAUAAUAAUAAAAAAACCAUUCAUGUGAACAAAUUCAACACUAAA